CAGGGUUCCUUUAUUACCAUGUUUAUGACAGCCGCCACCCGGACAUUUUCAACGCCAUCUUUUCCUUCUUCAUUUUUUCUUCAACGUUGUCCAGCCAAAUUUUGUUGGCAAAUCUCUCGUUAUGCGUUUCAACUCAAUUCUUUCACUGGCCUUUGGACUCCCGGCGGCGAUAGCGGGCCCUUGCAAACCCGGUUCCUCUUCUCAGUCCAGUGAUGCGGUGUUGACAACCGCAACUCAGGCGACUGCGUCUGGAGUCGCGUCUACGGAGACAGCCAGUACCACUGUACCAGGGACCAUCGAGACUUCUACUGCCGAUGUUUCGUUCGCAUCGACCUCAAUUGAAUCUGACACUACUACCCCCAUAACAUCACUCGACACGACUGAAACCACGACGCUUGCCCCUACAACAACAACAUCGGAAGAACCCGCAGUCACAACUUUCAACAUCAUCGCCGAAGGCGGCCCAGCAGACGGCAUAGUAAUGGGCCAGAGGGAAAACUAUUACAAUCUCGAAUUCUCCUCCAACCCAGACUGGGAACCCGUCGCCCUCAUCCUCGAAGAAGGCACAGGCUAUCUCCGCCGCGCCGACCCAUACCACCCCAACUUCCCACUCGUCUGCAUCCGCUGGGGUUCAGGUACAGUACCUAACCCAGGCUGGUUCAUCGAUUGCUCGGCGUCAGACACAUACUACGGCGCGCCUGUAAAAUGCGAUCUAAAAGCUGGUGGUGAACUGUCUUGCUAUAUUCCUGCUGGGCAUUGUCGGUUCUAUACCGUUCCCCCGAGGGAUGAUGAUGCGUGGGAUUGUCAGGCAGAUGAUGGGGUGUUUCGGAACUUUUACACGGAGGAGAGUACGAAUGAGGAUGAUGUUACUUACUAUGACCCUUGGAUGGGCUUUGGAGGGUAUGAAGGUAAAGGCUUCUAUAAUCCCUUGGAGCCAGUGACGUUCCGUUGGAGAAGUGCGGAUUAGAUAAUCUCAUUGCACAUAUGUGCCGUCGCUGGUAUAUAACUCACUUGCUUGAAAGGGUACUACACGCGAAUACGCGUAAAGCACAGAUUCCCUCGGUUUCUGAGAUCAAGUUUUGGGAGAUCAGUGCUGGAAGGAUAACUCAGGAUGAUAUCAUAUUUGAGUGGUAUUAAGUUGACUAUGUAAUAUUAGGUAUUCUCGGUACUCACGGAGGUUAAUAAACCUCUGGAAUAGGGUUACUGCAUUGUCCUUG